AUGGCACCCUUCACAGCCACCGCUGCCCGCGCAGCUUCGCGAGCCUCCAGCUCGGCCUCGACCGCCAGUGCCCGGCUGUCCCAAAUGCGAAGCCACUUCAGCACAUCCAGCCCGGCAAGAAAAGAAAUCCAAGAAGCAUACAUCCUCAGCGCAUCGCGGACACCGACAGCCAAGUUCAAUGGAUCAUUCUCCAGCCUCUCCGCACCACAACUCGGCGCAGUGGCGAUCAAAUCAGCGGUUGAAAAGUCGAAGGUCCCCAAAUCCAAAAUCACAGAUGUAUACAUGGGCAACGUGCUGUCCGCGAACAUGGGCCAAGCCCCGGCGCGACAAGCGGCCAUCUUCGCAGGACUGCCUCCGUCCGUCGAAGCAGUGACAGUGAACAAAGUGUGCGCAUCAGGUUUGAAGGCGGUGGUUCUAGCGGCGCAAAACAUCCAGCUCGGACUCGCCGAGGCCCAGGUGGCCGGCGGGAUGGAAAACAUGACCCGCGUGCCAUACUACCUGCCGCGAGCAUCUCAGAAUCCUGCCUUCGGCCAUGUCACCCUUAAAGACGGCUUGAUUGAGGACGGUCUAUGGGAUGUCUACAACCAGUUCCACAUGGGCAACUGUGCGGAAAACGCGGCCAAGAAGUACAACAUCACCCGUGAGAUGCAGGACGAGUAUGCGAUCCGCAGCUUCGAACGGGCGCAAAAGGCCUGGGCCGAGGGCAAAUUCAAGGAGGAAGUCGUGCCCGUCACCGUGCCGGGAAAGAAGGGCGACACUGUCAUCAGCGAGGAUGAAGGGUACACCAACCUCAAGAAGGACAAAGUGUCGACUUUGAAACCUGCCUUUGUGCGCGAUGCCUCGGGCACCGUCACCGCCGCCAACUCGUCCACGUUCAACGACGGCGCCAGUGCUUUGGUGUUGGGCAAUAAGGCGAUUGCCCAGCAAUACGGCAAGGACAGCCGCGUCCUGGCGAGAAUCGUCAGCUCCGCGGAUGCCGCCUUGGAUCCUGUCGACUUCCCCAUCGCCCCGGCGAAGGCUGUUCCGUUGGCCCUGGAGCGAGCCGGCAUCACCAAAGACGACGUCGCCAUCUGGGAGUUUAACGAGGCUUUUGCUGCCGUCAUCAAGGCUAAUGAACAGAUCCUCGGUCUCGAAAACGCAAACGUCAACCUCCUUGGCGGCGCCAUUUCUCUAGGUCACGCUCUGGGAAGCUCCGGUUCCCGCAUCCUCACUACGCUUCUGCAUCAGCUCAAGCCCGGUGAGUACGGUGUGGCUGCCAUCUGCAACGGCGGUGGCGCCGCGACUGCCGUUGUUGUCCAGAGAAUCGCGAGUGUCGAGUAA